AUGGCGCCCUGGGAGGAGUUCGACGCCACGUUCUAUUUCAAGCGCGAUUCCAGCUACGACUCAAAAACGGUUGACCUUAUCAUCGCCAACAGACGAGCUCUCGAGAACAUCCUCUUUGUUGACAGGCUCCUCAAAGCUCUUAAUAUUGAUGCCGCUUCGCGAGUGUAUCCCCCAAGAACCAACCAAGCCCUCCGCGCGCUCUACUCGCAAAUCGUCUCUUCGUCCUCACCAAACCACCACAAGCAGGCGUUGAUAUAUUACAUUCUCAGAGAUCUCCGAAGCACAAACGGUGGCGAUUCCAGUUUGCAGUUCGCACGGCGAUGCUAUCUACCAGAGAAAUACAGAUUAUUCAUCGACGGCCUGUGGCACCUAGAUAGACUGGAGUAUAAGAGAGCUCUAGAAUACUUAACAGAGCCAUGCCUACUCCCCACCUUCCCCGACGAAAUUCUCUACGUCCUCGCGACCCAACCAAAACAUGCGCAGCAGCAAAGCCAGCAACUCCCCAACGAAAAUUAUGACGACAGCCUCGCAACAGCGUACUAUCUUACCGUGUCCCCGCCCCUUGCUACACCGAAAGCGCUAAACGCGUAUUUCGCCCUUCUCUGUCGUACCCACAUCACAGAAUCGUUCUAUUUCAGCCGCAAACAACCUUCCCCAUCCUCCCACCGUGACCUUCUCGAACAACUCAUUGUCUUCGUUCUGUCCGCUACUAAACCUGGCGAAACCCGUGCUAAGAGCGCAGUGGAACUUAUCAAUCUCCCAUUCAAUGCGGAGGAGGAAAGAUGGUUCGAGGACUGUCUGUUGACAGGGAAGGCGAGGCAUUUACCGGGGGCAAAGGAUACAGUCAUGAUGCGCCGGGUGGCGACAGGGCGGUUGCAGGAUUUAAGUGCAGGAGGUUUGGAGGCGCUAGGGGGGAGGAAGAUUGAGGGGUUAAAUUGGGAUGAUUUGAAGAAGAAUUUGAGCAUGAGCUCGUCGGCGCUUGGGGGGUCUGCGGCGGUCGGGGCAUUUGUUGGUGGUGAUAGACGGUGA